UCAUGGACUCGUGAGUCAUACUGAAAAUCCUAUGUGUGGGCGUGUCUUAAACGUCAUCACGUAGGAUGGUGUUACGUAAACCGUUCGGCGCAAAAAUUCAAACACUGUACAGGAAGAAGAAGCAGCGCUGCUCUGUUCUCACUGUCUCGUUAUAAUAAUAAUAAUAAUCUCUUAUACCGAGACGCAGUAAAACCACACCGGAUUGCAAACGUCUGGAGCUAAGAUGAGUGCAGCCUCCACACCUGUCUCCCGCAUCCGUCAAGGAUGGACGUCGUCCUCCUUGAAGAACAAGGGUCUGUCUCCUGCAGCCUGCAGCACCCCGCUACUGGCAGCUUUCCCCGGCAACGAUGACGAGCAGGAACGACGUCAGAGAAGACGGUCAAGAGUCAUUGACCUUCAGAAUCCCACUGACUCCUCCUUUAACGACUCCGCAUCUCACAGUGCUGCAGGGACUCCGGCUGCUGUACCCAAGCUGUCAAAUGCACAGAUCUCCGAGCAUUACUCCACCUGCAUCAAACUCUCCACUGAAAAUAAAAUCACCACCAAAAAUGCCUUUGGUCUCCAUCUGAUUGAUUACAUGGCUGAUAUUCUCAAACAGAAGGAUUCUGAGCUCACAAACUUCAAGGUGGCGGCUGGCACUUUGGAUGCCAGUACAAAGAUCUAUGCUGUGAGGGUGGAUGCUGUCCACGCUGAUGCCUACAGGGUGCUGGGUGGCUUGGGGGCCGAGACCAAACCUGGUGAAGACCAUGGGCAGAAGGAGGAGGCUGGAGAUGAAGCCGUUGAAGGUGAAGUGACUGCCAAGCAGCCGAAAAAAAGGAGACCCCCUAAGAAGACAGUAGAGCAAAACCUGAGCAACAUCAAUAGUGCCGAGUCUGAGAGGAAGUGUGAGGUGGACCCCAUGUUUCAGAGGAUGGCCUCAUCCUUUGAUGAGAGCAGCACGGCCGGUGUCUUUCUCUCCGUCCUCUUCAGUGAGAACAGUCGCUGCGAGCUGCUGUUUCCUUCCUACAUGACCCUCCUACAGUCCAGGCCCUCAUACUCUCCUCCACCUCCACAGGGAGUCCCAGCAUCACCUUUCAUGGUGGGACUGCAACAUUCCCAGGAGAAAGGCUCCAUCUGCCCCUCACUACAGGACUUCUCCUUUACAAGCUGGAACCCUGAGCAGACGAUGAAUCAGCUUUUGGAGAAGAUGAAGCAGGGUGACCAUGUAUUUGAUGUCAACGCUGAGCCCGAGCCCGAGCCUGAAGAAGAUGACUGCCCUGACUUUGAUGCCGACUAUGAGGAGGGGAUGGGUGACUGUGAGGAGAGGUCCAAGGAGUAUAAGGAGGGCUGUGAGGCCUCUGGAUCCGGCAAAGGAAGGGACGUAAUUCCCAUCGGAGAGGGAGACAUCGCCACCAUGUGUCUGCAGCUGUCCUCUGAGCCCCGGGAGUAUUCCUACUUCAGCCCCAGGACCAUGGCCACAUGGGCUGGACCUGGCUACUGGCAGUUCAAGCCAAAGCACAAGUUGGACCAUUUGCCUGACAAGGAGACCCGUAAAAGGAAGCCCAAGAAAACCUUUGAAAUAGACUUCAAUGAUGAUGUCAAUUUUGACACCCACUUCCGCACCACAAGAGCUGCCACGACUAUCACCAAGUCUGCCCUCAGCACAAGCAAUAAGAAAACAACUCUGCCAGCAGACUUCCAGUUUCCCCCAGAGACGCUCUCCCAGCUCAGCCAGAAGCCCUCCAGCUCGUUGAGUCAAGAAGGCCAGAAGAGGCUGUCUGGAGAGCUUGGGGAAGGAAUCGGAGACUACGACUACAACAACGCCAACGACACAGCCAACUUCUGUCCAGGUCUUCAGGCGGGCGACAGUGAUGAUGACGUGGAAGGGUUUACUGGUUCAGAUGAUACUCAGCCUUCAGGUGACAGUUUACCUGUGCCCUCACAAGAUCUAGAGGGCGUCUCAACAUAUGGCGAGGAGGACCUGGUGCCUGAACCACACAGGGUCAACAAGAUCGAGAUCAAUUAUGCAAAAAUGGCAAAGAAAAUGGACAUGAAGAGACUCAAGAACAACAUGUGGACUCUUUUGACUGAGAGCCCAAAAAAACCCAGAGAGGAGGCAGAUACUGUGGAGAAAUCAGAAGUGUGUGGGGACAAAGUCUUCAGUCAGACCACAAAGACGCUGCUUCAAAGAUUGCCAAACACGAUGGCUCAGAACCUGUCGGUGCCUCUGGCUUUUGUCGCUCUGCUUCAUCUUGCCAAUGAAAAGAAUCUGGAGCUAGUGAAGGUUGAUGACAUGUCAGAUAUCAUCAUCAGACAAGGCCAAUGAGGAGAGAUGAAUAAUGGGAUGUUUGGAGGAUCGCUGCUUUUCUCUUCAUCUUUUUUUUACUCUUUAUUGUAUACUAUAUUGUAUCUUGUGACACUCUUGUUUAGAUUGUAUAAUGUAAUUUUCUGGCAAAUACAGUUUAAAAUAAGGAAAUAGUCAAACUUCUGACCUGUAAUCCUUUAAUUACCUUUGCUUUUUUCUUUCUUCUGUACUUUUGAUGCUUAUUCUGUGUGUAGAUAUUUUAACUGCUCAACCACUGCACAAAACUGUAUAUUGUCAAAAAAAAUAAAGGCCUUUUUCUAAAACA